AUGACUGAGGGAAAAAACACCGAGUCGAGGCAACCGGGGGACGGAACCCAGGAGAGUGGGACAAUACCGCCUACCGACACCGUCUCUUUUCCUCCUUUACCUUCCAGAGCGAGCUCUCCCUGCGAUGAAACGACACAAAAGGGCGCACCUUCGUCUCCGUCCGACUUGUAUGCGCCCUGUUCGACCCCGAACGCACCUCGACCUCAUACCCCGAGACUGAGAUCUGCUGCGGAAAACGCCGAGGACGGAGCUCUGGAGCAGACUGCGCAUGCGGCAGAACGGGCGAUUGGGAUUGAGGAGAGAGGCAAGCAGGCCUUUUCGCAGGUUGCAUAUGUCUCUUCUAGCCAGAAAACUUUCAUGAAGAGGAAAGGACGAACGUCCGAGGAGCUUCUACAGCGAUACCGCGACGACGCCUGCAAUUCGUUUCCCACUUACGGGACCUCGAAAGACGGAGUUCCCGUUCCGGAUCCAAUGAGUACGAAAAACAGACGUUUGUUGAACGGCGGCUUGACCGGUGGAAUCAACACUCUCCAAAGAGGCUCCGAUGUAUCUAGCAAAAGACAUAUCAACGAAUCCCCGAGAUUAGCCAAACGUCGAAAGACACAACCCGAAGCUGCGGCAACAGAAGCCUCAGCCCAAGCUGCCUUUACAACACAGAGUUUCGCUCCGAUACCGACGUCGUCGUCUCUCUCACCGCAAACGCCCACAUUGGUCGACUUGACGAACUCCCAGCAGCCAGCGGACGUGGAGGCAGCUAGCAACCGCAGCACGCAUUCCCUCAACUCGACUGCAAACGGCAACGAGUUCAAGAACGUGGAGAAGGCGCAUAAUGGUCUCAGUAAGAAAUCUGGAACUCGCCCUCGCCCUCGUCCCCGAAGACUGCAAGUCAGAGAAUCAAAGAAGCCUGAGGGCUAUGAUUGCGAUGUCGAGGACGAGAUCGGUCAAGACCAGCCAGUCUUAGAUAAGCGGGCUAGAAGGGAUUCCAGAGAGGGUCCCAGAAAAGCGGCUUGGCGUCGCCCCCAGAGACGUACUGCAGAGGAGAUAACCGAGGUCUCGGAGGACGACGAGCUUGCCAUUCAGACGGGACGCAGUCGUCGAGCACAAGACGACAUCUCAGACGGUGAUGGAACGUCACUGAAUGGAGCCACUGCAAACCGCACGCGAGGAGAUAUGACCAAAGUGAAUUUUGGACAGUCAACGGCCAACCCCAAAGACGCUGUCCUCCAAUCUGAACAGUCGCAGCCGGUCAUUCCCAAAGACUUUGUCCUCACAGUCAUGCGUGCCGUAUCGGGAAAGGACACUUUCGAGGCUAAGAAGCCAGAGGAUUGUAUUCUUCUGAAGAUUGGCCAGGACUCUAGGAGUCUGAUCGCAUUCGACCCUGCGGGCGAGCGCUUUUCGAAGAGUGGAUGGCUGGAUGUCAAGUUGAUGUUCUGCACGAAAAUAUAUUUUAGCACAACGGGUGCCCAAUUUGCGGUGGUCUGGAGGUCCUCUACUGCCCAAAUUGGAGGUUUGCUGGUCCUGGAAUUUGCUGGCCCCGGAGACGCCCACACUCUUGGAUUGUGGGCUGAGACCAAGGUCAACAGCUUUCCUACGCAGAGGACCGAUUGUUCCUCCAAGGACAGCCAAUAUCUCCAGAAGAUUUACGACAAGCAAAAGGCGGCUGCGGACAAGUGGGAAGACAGAAAAGACUCGCAGCCAGACGACAUCAAGCUUCUGGAACACAAAGAGGCGAGCAAGACCAAGGCCGACGCAACGUCGGUGCCGUGGAGUCAGUCAAAACCAAGUCCCGUGAGGAACCCACUACUUCGCGGCAAUAUGAGGGCUGAAGAUCCAUCGCAUUCGUCAAACCCCGAGUCAAAAACAUCUGCCUACUUCGCUCCCACCCACUAUAAUAGCGCGACUGAGCCUCAACAGACCAAGGACUUACGGCCCAGAGAGGCAAGAAAUACCGCCUCCAAGCGGGUUCAUGAGUCUCCUCUUAGUAUUUUCAAACGCAAAUCCCCAAGCCCCGUUACGUGGAUUCAGCAAAACCCUGAUUGGGACAAGAUAUGGAAUGAGAAACCGCUCAUUUUCCCUGCUACAGGCAAGAACAGGUCAUCAGUCUAUCGUGAUGACAUUUCGCGGCUCGAAGAGGGAGAAUAUCUGAACGAUAAUCUCAUCGGCUUCUACCUACGCUAUCUUCAGGUUCACCUGGAAAAGGAGAAGAAAUCAAUAUCCGAGCGGAUUUACAUCAUGAACACCUACUUCUACCCGAAGCUGACCGACGUCAAGGCAGGUCGAGGGAUCAACUACGAAGGCGUCAAAUCUUGGACUGCAAAGGUUGACCUCUUCUCCUACGAUUACAUCGUGGUUCCCGUCAAUGAGAGUGCUCACUGGUACCUGGCAAUCGUCUGCAACCCAUCCAAGCUGCUCAAGACGAAUGAUGGUGAACCCAAGAUCCAGAACGUCAAGCCUUUGGAUGAGACAAAAGAAGAGCCGAAGGAGAACGCACAGGAGAAGCUCGGAGCAAUCUCUUCGGAAGAAGAAGGGAUGGUAUCUACUGUUGGCGAGCAAGUCGAGCAGAUGAGUCUGGAAGAGAGCAAGCCUAUCGAAGAAGAGAAAAAAGAAGAGCCAAGGCCUGGGAAGAAAGAAAAGGGACAGCCUGCGAAGCAACGCCAAUCACGCAAAAGCACAGGAAUCGCGGGUCGGAAGCAGGAUCCCACAGAAGCCAGAGUCAUCACUCUCGACUCUCUAGGCGUCGGGCACUCCCCUACCUGCGGCAACUUGAAGGCUUACCUCGUCCGAGAGGCCAAGGAUAAGCGCAGCAUGGAAGUCGAACCACCCGGUACAUUUGGAUUAACAGCAAAGAACAUUCCCGAGCAGGAAGAUCACGCAAGUUGUGGUGCGUUUCUUCUGGGCUACAUGCGUGAGUUCCUGAAGGAUCCUGACGGCGUAGUCACCAAGCUGGUUCGUAAGGAGCGCCUAGAAUGGGAUAUCACGUCUCCUGCGAUGCGAAGCGAACUACGCACUAUCAUCAUCGAACAGAGGAAAAUGCAGAACGCCACCUUGGCAGCAGAGAGGAUAGCAAAACGCAAGUCUACCGGACAGCCGCUUGCUCCCGGUAAAUUGCCCAGUGAAGGUCAAGAGAGCGAGCCUGCGACGCCGAGAACUCCUCAGCAUGUUGUUGACGUGCCAAAGAACCCGUCAUCCACUGUUAAAGGAUCUCCGGCCAUAGGCCGUCUCCCGCCCCACAAUCGCAGCAGUCCGCCAGCAAAGACUAAGCCCAGCGACGCAACCCCUCUCUUAGCAGAACCCGAGUCUGCGACACACGAUAGGCCUGUCACUGAGAUCGAGAAAGCCACGGACGUUCCGCGAGUCGUUGAUGUUGAGCAAGCCUCGGAGCUUGGAAUUAUUGAGCAGGCUGCGACUGAUCCACAGGAACAGCAUGACACAGCUUGUGAGCCUGGCUCGGCAGUCGAUCAUGCUAUAUCAUCUGGCAGGACCAAUCUUCCGACCAACCAUGAAUGUGACGUGAUACGGGCUCUCGUGGAUAAUUUGGAUGAGCAACCAGCGACGCCGAAACGUACAGCGUGGCACACCGGUACAUCAGGUGGAGUUCAGCUCAGAACGAGCCCUCGUCAUUCGAAAACCAAGGCGGUCGAGGCCAAUGAGAGUUCCAAGAUGCUGCCGGCACUUAAGCCGUCACCGGCCCAGUCUUCCGCGCAAAAGGCGUCAGGCUCUCGUGGUUCCAACAAGAAACUUGGCAACAGCCAAAUGAUGUUGGGCCCACUUGAGUCUUCACCAGCCCAGUCUGCCGGGCACAAAAAGGCAGGUCUCCGGGGUCCUAAGAGGAAACUCAGUAAUAGUGAGGAGAUGCUAUGCAAUCUGUCUUCGCCGCCGCCCAAGGCUGCUCGCAAGGAUGAAAAGUAUGGUCCGCAACCACCAAAAGGUGACUCGCCAAGUCAGCAACUGCUCGCUGAAUUGCGUUCUCCCAGCGAGUCCACGCAAGGAGAGGGCUCGACGUCUAGGAGCGACGUCAAAAUGCAAGAUAGCAUCAUUAUCGAAGACCCGGAAUCCCCAAAGACGCCACCACGCACGUUGACGAAGACUCCUACACAAAAGAGUCAUUACUUCCGGUCCAGGUCGUCGCCUCAGUCGGUCAGAGAGAAGAGGAAUUUAUCUUUGCAAGAGCAAAAAGUAAGGAGUAGCGUGAUAACGAGCAUCGAGCAGGACUCUGAGACGGUAGAUCUCACAGUCAACUGA